UAGCUUCCAUACGUCUCUUUUUUUUUAAUCUGAGCCACAGUUCACUGGACUUUUGAAUCUUCCUUUAUCAUUGCAUCCUUGUUUUCCUGAAACUGUUACCGGUAAAAGACGGUAGUGAAUGUGGAACCACUGAAAGUGAAGUUUCUUAAACUGACCAAUGAGCAUUUGUAAACUUUUUUAACAUUUGUCACAAAAUCCUGAUGAAAAUUUGAAUGAGAGUGUCGUUUCAAUUGUAGUCAUAUAUUCUUCAUCCUUUUCUUUUCCAUUAAGGUUAAGGUUCGACGAAGAAAAUGCAGAAGAAGUCUCAUGCCCACUUUAUUUUCAGUAAUAUGAAGCUCAGAUGUGUGAAGCUGAAUUGUUGAAUGCAUGCUAAACAUGAGGAGGGAAGAACUUUGAGCAGUGUGUGAGAAGGGGGAAGUCAGAAGAUGUAAGAAAAUUGAAGAAAGAAGAAUAAUGUGAAGUAAUGAAGUUACAGAAAUGAAGUUAAGGAAGUAAUCUGGAUAAGGUCACUGCGCUAAGUAAUUUUCUGGUCUAUUUAUCAAAUGCGUGCAUGUCAUUGUUAUUGAAUACAUCACACUAAUUCAUGUUAUAGCUAUUUUUAUUUUUCAAUCUUACUAUAUUUGUUAAAGUAAUCCUAGUGAUGUCAUACUUUCAUUGGCUAGACAAAAUUAACCUGCAUAUAUAAUUGUCAAUUUCUACAUCUUUUUUUUUUUUUUUUUUUUUUUCUUCAAAUUUUCCAGGAUAGUAUUAAAUUUCUAGUACCGAGUUGUAGCACAUUUCUUACUUUCGGUCACCUCUACUGGGAUGAUGACGUGUUUGUUUGUGUGUGUGUGGUUCGUUCAGGAGUCUCGCUCCGCCUCCAGGAGCGUGAGUCCCCGCGGCUCUGGGAAGUCAGCAAGCCGCUCCCCAGCUCGUUCAGCGGCCCGGUCAAAGGAUGGAUCCCACCACUCCCGCUCUAAGUCCUGGUCUCGGUCCAGGUCCCGCUCAGGCUCCCAUUCUCACCGCGGGUCUCGCAAGCACUACAGCCAUUCCCGGUCCCGCUCCAGGUCCCACCGGCGCAGGUCUCGCAGCAGGUCCUACAGUGGAGAGCGCCGGCGCAGAAGCCUCAGUCAUUCGCCCAUGUCUAAUCGGCGCAGGCACAUCGGCAAUCGGGCUAAUCCAGAUCCCAAUGCGUGCCUGGGGGUGUUUGGCCUGAGCCUGUACACCACGGAGAGGGAUCUGAGGGACGUCUUCUCUAAAUACGGGCCCCUGGCAGAUGUUUCCAUCGUGUAUGACCAGCAGUCGAGGCGCUCCAGGGGCUUUGCCUUUGUUUACUUUGAGAACACAGCUGAUGCUAAAGAGGCUAAGGACCAGGCUAACGGCAUGGAGCUGGACGGUCGCAGAAUCCGGGUGGAUUUCUCCAUCACCAAGAGACCUCACACCCCAACUCCAGGAAUCUACAUGGGGCGGCCCACAUAUGGCGGCGGCGGCGGUGGUGGUGGCGGCCCCGCUGCACCCCGGCGCUAUUCACGCGACUACGAUCGUGGAUACGACCGCGGAUACGACAGAGGCGGCUACGAUCGCUAUGACGACAGGGAUUACUACAGAUCAUACAGGCGAAGAUCUCCUUCACCUUACUACAGAGGAGCAUACAGGUCUCGUUCAAGAUCCCGGUCCUAUUCUCCUCGUCGGUACUGAGCAGUGAAGGCAGUCAUGAACCCCCUUUUUCCAUGGACAGACGAGAGGUUUCUCCUAAAGAUUUGUUAGACUUUAUUGUAGAUAUUCUAUUCUCGAGGAGCCGCGUGGCUUUCUUUGACAUGGAGUUUGAUGAGCAAAUGAUGUAUGAAGUUCCUGUCAGCGCAGAACACCAGCAGUGUAUGCUUCUCAAUGUACUGAUGUGAGAAGGGACGGCAGAAAACCUUUCCACGCGUUAAUAUCCCUCAGACCGUAGCCUUUCUGCACAAUGUGAAACUUGGGAGUUGCUUGUCUGCUUAUGUUUCAGUUUAGUUUGUUAUUGUGUAAUUUUUGGUGUUUUUUUUUUUUUUAAAGUUCCAACCUGGUGUAACCCUUUAGAUUUCAUAUGCGGUGUUGGGCCUCCAUCUCCUGUGUUCUCCGGGUACGGCUCUUCGCCUCAGAGAACAUUUACGUUAAGUUUCUGGCCAAUAUAAUAUACUCCUAUUAUUAAACGGACAAAUUUCUCAUCCAACUCCACACCCAAGAAACCAAGCGGUCCCACAGUUCCUCCAGCUCGUCUCGGUGAAAAUGAAACGACACAUUUGACGCUGUCCCCUCGUUUUAAAAUUUUAAAUGUACAGGCCAGGUCUGUUGUAAAUGGCAUAUUAAUUUAUGGGUUUUGUUGUGUACAAGUUGAGUGAAAAUUCAACAACCUUAAACAAAUUAAAAGGGAGUUGCUUUUUUUUUUUUUCCACCA